UCCAGAGCACACAGCUGAUGGAUAGUGAGUGAAUGACUUUUUGGAUACUGUAAAUAAGGAAUGAUUCACGGCUUUGGAUUUAGUUCUUUCAUUAGUUAAAUUUCAGUGGCUAGUUGGUUUCUGGUUUGCAUACAGCACUGUGGAGACCUUAAGAUCAAAGGUGAUUCAUCAACAUUCCCUCAUGGACUUGACAGACUUGACUCUUGCGCAUGUUUCAUAAAUCCAAUAGCUCUUCAUCAUCUGUGGUCAACCAGAGGUUCUGAAAUAACCAGACGAAAAAAAAGACAGACAGAGGCCAGGAAGUGAGUUCAGAGCAUCUCAAGAGUCUGACUGCAGCAGGUGUCUCACUAUUCCUCCACAAAGACCUUCACAUCAGAGUACCUCAUAGCACAAUGGAAGGCAUCAGGACUUCUCUCUGGCUGUUUCUCCUACUCAACCUGCUGCCCUUCUGUCCAGCUGCUGCAGACCAGGACCUCUCAACCACGCAGCCGUAUCCACACCAAACAGCAGAUCAAGGUGGCAGCUCCAGCCCUGCUGUGGAGCUCAGCCUCACUAACCCCGGCCUCAUAAACUCACUCGACACGGACACCAACGACACUCGUGCAGACUGCUUGAUUGACACCGAGAUGGGUCUGAUUGCUAUAGGUUCAGCUGGGGGACUGAUUGUCUGCCUGCUAGUUGCAACAAUGGUGUUGGCGGUCCAAGUCUACCUAAUUCAGCGGCGGGUUUAUGUCCCCCGGCCUUCCCGGUCCAACAUGGACUUGGUGAGCGGUACGGGCUACUGGGGCAUUGACCAGCCGGAGGCCGGAGGGUUGGUCGGGCCGUGUGAUGCCAGCGUAAUGCUGGAGGAGGUACGAGCAGACAGCAAGAUGGAGGAAGAGAGACAGGCUGGAAUUCAGGAGGAAGGAGAAGAGGCUGGGGCAGGACUUGAGAAAGGGGCCAAGGCAAUGGAGGAGGAGAGGUCCAUUCAGAUGCAGAGCUCCAAUUCCAGGGACUCCUGUCUGGAGAUUCCCAGAGAUCUAGAGAACAUGCCCCUGGUUGUGUGAGUAGGCAACCCCACCUUGGUUAUCUCCAGCCCCAGACACUUCACUCAAGCCAAACAGCAACCAGUUCUGCAUUACAAUACCCAGUCCUUGUAAUGUCUAGACAUUUUGAUACACUUCCAGUGUAAUUUGUUAAAAUUACACCAUUUAGAAAAUAUUAUGUAAAAAAAAAUAUUUGAAAAAUUUGCCUCAAGGGGUUCACAGUGUGUAAAGCAUAUGACACCCUCUGUCUAUGACCCUUGAUAUGGAUAAGGAAGAGCAAAUGAGAAGGUAUUUAUAAUUACAUAUACUUUAGUUGAAAUAAUGAGAAUAUUUUAGAGUUUUUAUUUUUUUGUAAAAGGACUGCAGACAGUCCAACUCCACUGUCCUUCCUGGACAAGUCUUUGGUAAAGAGUAAUGCAGCAAAGAGGUUUUCUUGAGAAACACAAGAAACAAAUAUUUUAAGAAGUCUGAGGUGUACAUUUUUCAUGAGAAUUAGUAAAGUAUAACAUUUAAACACCUAACAUGAUAUGCUAUAUAUUGAAUAUGCUAUAUAAGUGCUAAGCAAAUUCUGUAUUAACUUUAAGACUGCUUGAUUUGGCUCAAUUUUCUGGUUUUAUGAUGUAAAAAAUUGAAGAAACAGACAAAAAGCUAGACCAACAACAAGUAGAUCAACAAACUUUUUAAAGUAUAAAAAGGCCCUCUAGUCCUAAAUUUAGCACCAGGGACCUUGAGUGCUGCCAAAGCCACAUUGUAAUAAAAAGGUUAGAAAAUUGCACUAUCUGCUAAUAGUCCUUGUUGUUAUACAAGUAAUAUGUUUUUGUAAAAUGUGCCUCCUGUCAGUUAAGCUGUUUAUAAUCUCUUACCUUUACUGCAGACCUACUAAUGCUACUGUUCUUUCAUAAUGCAUAAAAAGUUAAAUAAAUAGAUUUUUGCCUCAUGUCAAUGUUUUGUGUUUUACAUGGUAAAUGGACUACACUUGUUUAGCGCUUUUCUAGUCAUAGUUACAACUCAAAGUGCUUUAACACGAUAGAGCAUCAUUCACACACACACAUUCAUAUCAUAUAUUUUAAUUUUUUUAUUUAUUUUCAUUUUAUUUUUUAUUAUCAUUUUAUUGUAUCUUUUCAUUAUUGUUUUAUUUUAAUUAUUAUUAUUUUAAAUAUUUUCCCCCUCCCUAUUUUAGCUGUCUUUCCUACGAGGUUGAUAUAAUAAAUAAAUAAAUAAAAACGUAAUAAGUUUAAUGCAGUAAAAUUUAGUUUUUCAUUUCACAUCCGUUCAUGUCAUCAGGCUGUUGUGUGAAACGUGAUCUACAGUGUUUAGAAGAGCACACUGAGAAUUCACUUCCUGGAAGAGACAAAGAAUGCAUCAACAUUUUAGCAGAGAGUAGGCUUCAUAGUUCCUGCUCUCAUUCAAGGGACUUCCUGAGUCCGAGUUUUACCACUUCAUGUGAUAAAUAAAUCUAUAUAUUGACAGAUUGAUAUAACUAUUUAACUUUAAGAAUUCCUGGCAUGAAACACUGAACGAGUUACUGUGUAGUUAUCGGUGUAAAGUCAUUAGUAAGUACAUUUUUAAUCAUUUGAAUUAUUAAUGUAGCUUUAGAUCACCCCAAUUUCUUGAGCACUUUGGAUUGAUUCUGGAGCUAAAAUGGGGGAAAGUAUCUACACAAAAGAUUAACUUUUUUUCUUUUUUUUUUUUUUUUACAGAAAACUCAAAUAUAUUUACAUGUACAGAUCCCUGCUGUGAAAUUUUCUUUUAAUCAAGUAAAAAUGUUCCCCACAGCUGAAGAGUGAAAAUGUGUCCCGAAAUCUCCCUGAUCUGUGAAAUCUUGUGAUGGAGAGAAUAUAAACCUAUUGCACAUGUAAGUGUUGAAUAUGCAGAAGUAAAUGUGGUGGACCGACCAGCAGCACGGGGACUGUGGUAAAUUAACCCCAUUAGCUAUAACAAAUAGCUGUAAAUAGCACAGGCUAAAUAAAAACACACCACAAAAUGGACCGACUCAUGUUGACUGACACAGAGGUUGGAGUCAGUCUACUUGAGUGCUUAUAUUUGUUUGUCUCAUUGGUUUAAAAUCUGCAGAUGCAAUGUAGCAUGUACAGUUGACCAGAAAAAAAAAAGGUUAACACCCCUCAACACUGAGGUUGCAUUUCUCAAUGUCAGAACAUUUCUCAGGGGAAAUAUUUAUCAAUAUCUGACUUUCAGAAUAGUUUGUCAUAACUAAACUAAAGAUUGUGUGAUACAUCUUUAAAAAAAAAUGGUAACACAUAGUGUUUGCUUACAAGACAGUUAUGCUUCUCUAGUGUGCCAGUGAAAGUGUGGACAACCACCGGCGGAAGGACUGUCAGCCCCACACUCAGCACUUUUCAGCUCCCAGCUGCACCUACUGCUGACUGUCUGGGUCUUUGAACACGGAAACAGAAAUAUACUAUUCAUAUAAGGCUUUGUGGCACAAAGAAAGACACAAAAUUAAAAUGUAUGGUGGAUUCAAUGUGCUUUGUUGGCGUUAAGAACCAUUAGAACCGCCUUCAGCCAAUUUCUUAGAAAAAUAUCUAAAUAACUGUUGUAAUGUGAUUCAUGUUCAGUGUGAAUCUGGAUCCAGGUGACUUGUUAAGCAUCUUUUACAUGAAUUCCAACCAUUCCACUUUAUAAUGACUCCCCUUUUAGUAAGGACAGAAGAAUAUUUAUUUAAACUUUAGCUUAAGCUGCUUAUACUGUAUGUAUACAUCAAACUGUAUUUUUGCACAUGUAUAUUUGCACACUUGCUGAAACUGUUAUCUAUGAGUUACAGCUACUAAUGCACAUGGACCAUACAUUCCGCUUUCUCUAUCAUAGGCUAUGUAUGGUGGGCCCAUGUUUUGUAUAGGUGGAAUAUGUAUGUAUACAUGUGUUGUGGUGUGUUGUGUGUGUUGGUUGCUGGAACACCUAAAGUUCUCUGCUGGGAUGAAUAAAGUAUAUCUUAUCUUAUUACA